AUGAUCCGGUUCAAGACCACACUGGUGAACACUCUCACAGAUGUCCUUCGCCAACGGCCAGGCUGGGUGGAAGUCAAAGAUGAAGGGGAGUGGGAUUUCUACUGGUGUGACAUCAGCUGGCUGCGCGAGAACUUUGACCACAUCUACAUGGAGGAACAUGUGCGCAUCAACCACUUCCGCAACCAUUAUGAACUGACCCGCAAAAACUACAUGGUGAAGAAUCUGAAGCGGUUCCGGAAACAGCUGGAACGGGAGGCGGGAAAGGCAGAGGCAUCCAAGUGCGACUUCUUUCCCAAAACCUUUGAGAUGCCCUGCGAGUACCACCUGUUUGUGGAGGAGUUCCGCAAGAACCCAGGAAUCACCUGGAUCAUGAAGCCCGUGGCCCGCUCACAGGGGAAGGGCAUCUUCCUCUUCAGAAAGCUGAAGGACAUCAUGGACUGGAGGAAGGACUCAAGAUGUACCGAUGACCAAAAAGAUGAGAUUAUCGUGGAGAACUAUGUGGCUCAACGUUACAUCGAAAACCCCUACCUGAUAGGAGGCCGCAAGUUUGACCUUCGGGUUUAUGUGCUGGUCUUGUCGUACAUCCCGCUGCGGGCCUGGCUGUACCGGGAUGGCUUUGCCAGGUUCUCCAAUACCCGCUUCACCCUGAGCAGCAUCGAUGACCAGUAUGUUCACCUUACCAAUGUCGCUGUGCAGAAAACCUCUCCUGACUACCACCCAAAGAAGGGCUGCAAGUGGAUGCUGCAGCGCUUCCGACAGUAUCUGGCAUCUAAGCAUGGGCCUAUAGCAGUGGAAACACUCUUCAGGGACAUGGACAACAUCUUUGUCAGGAGCCUGCAGAGUGUGCAGAAGGUGAUCAUCAGCGACAAGCACUGCUUCGAGUUGUAUGGCUAUGACAUCCUCAUAGACCAGGACCUCAAACCGUGGCUACUGGAGGUCAAUGCAUCCCCCUCACUGACUGCCAGCAGCCAAGAGGACUAUGAGCUCAAGACCUGCCUCCUAGAAGACACGCUUCAUGUGGUGGACAUGGAGGCCAGGCUCACAGGCCGGGAGAAGAGGGUCGGAGGCUUCGACCUCAUGUGGAACGAUGGCCCUGUCAGCAGAGAGGAUGGGAAUCCUGACCUGUCAGGGACAGGGACUUUUGUCACCAACACGCAUCUUGGCUGCGUCAACGAUCGCAAGAACCAGCUGAAGCAGCUGUUCCACUCUCUUCGGAGCCACAAGAAAGCUUCCUGCUGACCUGCAGCGCUAGGGGAAAAG